AUGAAUCAGUAUCAUUAUCACAUGGCACUUAAACUAAAAAGGAGAGGCAGAUGGGUUCAGGUCCGCGCCAACCUCGAUGAGAAGUUCGGUAUUAAAGUGAACUUUAGUGAUCACCACAAUACCUACUACAGUAGUUAUAAGUAUGUCACAAAGGAAGAUAGCAAUGCUGAACAUUCUGAUUCGCAUCCUGAUUUACAAAAUGCACCAAGAACCGAACAAGCAAUCACUGGCAAAAAGCGUAAAGGCAGGAUAAGUUCAGGAUCUGCGUCAAGUCAAAAGCAAAGGAAAAGACGUAGAGACAGGGCAUUGACUGUAUAUGAUGUAUCUCAGAUUAUACAGCAACGUAAAAUAAGCAAGAGAAUAGAGCUUGUGUGCCUUGCUGUGCAACCAAAGCGAGAAGGAAAUACUGCUUUAGCAGAGUUCAUUGCGAAUAAGAGGGAAAACGCUGUGGAUGAUGCAUUGGCAGUUGCUAAAGAAUUUGACGAAGCAGAGAAAAAGCUUGCAAGAAUGCAAAAAUCGCGGGUUGACCUACUGACUGAGGCAAAGGAAGAAGGAAAAUGCGUGGCAGGUUGUGAGGGAAAAUGGUUACUGGCUGCAGAACAGUUGUUAGAGAGUAAUUCAAUUACACAUCAAUCGUUCUGUGAUGCCAUCUAUAUUGUGCUUGAAAAGGCAGGGGGAAAUAUCAGAACAUAUAUCCAUGGUCCUGCCAACUGCGGAAAAACAUUCAUAUUGUCACCUUUGAAAAUCAUUUACAAGGCAUUUUGUAACCCAGCUACGGGCACGUUCGCAUGGAUGGGGGCUGAUGAAGCAGAAAUCAUUUAUCUAA